AGACACUAAGACAGGUCUGGUCUGCCUUACAAUUAUCUGCAUAUUAACCGAAAAUUUAGCGUGUCACAAUUAAAUCCUAUUGGCUUUAAACAAUUCCUGAAAGUAGACACAAAAGAUCCAUUUACAAUUUAGACAAACAACAGGUUGCAAGUAAACUAUGUGUAAAUUUCUGCAGCGUAGCCAUAAAUAAGAUAUAAACCGGAAAGCGUUGCUUGGUAGCGUUGAUUAUAAAAAGUCAUAAGAAAAAAUAAAGAUGCCAAAAAAGAAGACCCCACAAAAUCCAUUUUUCUUCUUCAUGAUGGACUAUAGGAAAGAACAAGCAGAAAUAGGCAUAAAAUAUGCCAACACCAAGGAAUUAGCUGAAGCCGCUGGUCCUGUAUGGCAGAACUUAAGGCCUACAUUAAAAGCAAAAUAUGAAGAGAAAGCUAAGAAUGAAAAAGAAAAGAACAAACAAACUGGAACUAAGUUCACGUCGACCGGCAUACCUAUAAAAGUAAUAGAACAACAACAGAGAGAAAUGAAGAAUGCUGAAGAUAAUGAAAAAAAAGACAUACAGAAUAUUGUGAAGCUCAAGGUGUUUGAUCAAAGUAUAAAAACUGAAGAUUUUUAUGUGAUUGACGUGAACUCAUACUGCAAAGCUAAUGGUGAUUAUUUAAUCGGAGAGUUCACCGUGACUCAAUUCAGUCUGCAGGAUGGUGUCAAAAAUAGCUACCAUGAAACUAUUAUUCCAAGUUGUGUACCGGUUGGAUAUAUGUUUGAUGUGAAACUGGGUGCUGAAGAGUUCGGCCUGGAGAUGCCCGGCACCGAUGACGCAGGACCCAACUACAUACAAAUACUGGCCAACAUCAUCGACUACUUGAAGCAGAAGGAUCGGACUGUGCAAGUCUUGCCACCGAUGUUCACGUUGCCGGAGAAGGUGGACGCAGUGCAGAACUUCAUCUCACAGAUGUGUAAUUGUGCGACCGAAGACGACUCGCUGUUCCGUAUAUACAAACUAGACACGUUUUUCUUCACUCUGAUCAACGCUAUCAGCAGUCAUCACGACGAGGGCUUCCCUAAGGAGUCGUUGGCGCUCACGCAGCUGACCAAGGACCUGUUCGACUACACACCGGGGAUCGCGUGUGAGCGUCACGAGUCGCUGGACAGAAGCAACGUUUGCACAACGUCCCGCGUCAAACGUUGGGUGUUCACGAUCCUGGACCGCUGCUGCCCGCUACUGGGGAUUCCCCUGCAGCCGGGGAAGCACCUGCCCUUCGACUACGACAUCAACGGCAUCCUGAUUUUUAAAGAAGAAAGGAAGACAAGAGCCGCUCCCUCUGUGCCUCGUACGGCCACCGCCUCGAGUAACUCAUCCUUUAUCAACGACUCUUUGAAUGAAUCCUUCCAAAGCUUGAACGUUACCGGCGAGACCGCCGCGUCGGGCUCGGCGCCGGGCAGGAGGGUGCACAAGCCGCUGCGCAUGCCGCGUACCGACUAUUCUCAGCGGAUUCAGCAGGCUCCCGAACUGACGGAGGCUAACUUCCCGACGCUCACGGGGCACGGCCGAGGGCGUGGUCUGACCAGGAGCAACAAUUGAAGUUCGACUUCACAUUGCUCAACCACAGGACACUUCGAGACGCGAACCAUACCCAAUUCUGCCACUAUGCCGCUUGGACGAAAGAACGAACACAAUACUCGUAUUACUUGAUAGAUUCCCGUGCUGAUUACAUAGUUAAUGUGUAUCUUGACGUUGUCAAAAUUAUUUGACAGUUUGACAGCUGUCACUCGAGAGCGGCUGUCACACACAAAAUGUCUUUUUUUUUAUCUUAAUGUAGAUGAUAUUGGCGAUGUUUCGAUAUACAUGCUAGCACAGCUUAGAGCCCUUACUGUGGAGAAAUUCGUUCCAUUAUGGACUGACAAUUUACAGUCGUAGUAUCCGACGGAAAUAAAUGACGCCAUAAUUGGUCGUAAUUUUUCUACUGUGAACACUGCAGGAGUUUUCGAAGUAAGACGCUCUCAGUGCUUUGGCCACGUGACCACUUUUACCGUGCAUAACCUCAUUUCAAUAAUUCGGUUAAGUUAUUGUACAAUUAAAUCGCUCGAAAAACAUUUUCUUUUACUAAAGAGUAUAGUUACUUUUAUUAUGCGAUUCAUUCAACUAAUAAUACAUAUUCAAUUUUUAAACAUAGCUAUGGUAAAUAUGUUUCUUUGUUGAAUGUUUUUUUGUUGUAAUUAAAAAACGAUGCCAAAAAUCGUCAAUGAAGGUAUGCUGUACUGCGUUCGGUUUUAAACAAUGACCAUUACAGUAAAAACCCCUUAUUCGAGCUUCCUUCAUUCGCGUUUUCACUUCUCGCGGAGUAAAAAAACAAUCCAAUUCCUAUGUUCUCGUCUAAAGACUUAUUUCGCUGAUCUAAUCGGUACAUACACAUUGAUAAAAAGUAUUCCAAAAUGUAGGUAUAGUAGGUGAGCUCACGGGGCUCAAACCUGACGAUGCUGCUAACACGAACCCUAGCAAGAGCAGUGCUUCGCAGAAUCUACCACCGGAUCAGAAACGCGACCCACUGAGAAGAUCCGGCGAGAAGCUCAGUGGGCUGUGUCUGUAGGUUAAUUUACCCGCUGAGCCCUUCGUCGCAAGCGACGGGCUCGACGAGAACGAUGACCGGGCUGUGUAUUCGCGACACAUUCGCGGAACGUAUAUCCCACGAAUAAAGAGGUUUUACUGUAUAACUAACUAAUAGAACUGCUUCGUUAAACUACUGUCACAACUGCUCGCAGCGCAUAUCGGAACAUAGCCAUUGUGUUCUAUUCGUGACUAUCGAUACACUAGACUUAAUAUAAAUACGUUAUAUCGAUGUCUAUUACUGUGUCAAGUUAUAUUGUAAUGUUUCACAUUGAUGUUAAAAUUGUUUGUCUCGCUCUUAUUUAGUAGAUACAGAACGAGACGGCGCGAUCGUCAUUACUAUUGUUAGAAAUGUUUAGCGUUUAAUCUAAGAAAUCUCUUGGUGCGUUUUUAUUAGUUAUGUAGGACUGUGGAAGGACAGAUCGUGUGGGGUGGUGACGUCACGCGCGAGAUAAACGCAACAUCAGAUUCUCCGACUACAGAAAGCAACUUGAAAUUGAGACAUCAUAGAAGUUAAGACUAUACAAUAUUUUUGACUUAAUAUAAUUUUUAUCACAAAACAAUGACAAUUCGGUACCUAGAAGUUGCGAAACAGAUCUGAUUAGAGAUUGCAAAUACAGACUUAAAUAAAUACCCAAAAUGAUGAUUAAGACGGUGGCAAUAAGAGAACCGAAUGUUAAAAUUUUACUAAAAAUAAGUACCCUAUUAACUGAAUACCGCUGAUCUGUAUUUUGUGUGACGUCAUUUGGGGUCAAAAUAAGCAACAACGAUAAUGGUGCAAUCCAUACCGAUUUCGACAACAGCGGUCCCACUACAUUGAUGAAUCUAACUGAACCAAUGUGUGUAAUAAAUGAAUGUACAUUAAAACAACAAAUAGCCUCAUAUGACGUCAUACGUUGUGAUUUAUGUUAAAAAGUGUAAAAUUUACUAGGUUUAACGCAGCUAUUUUGACUAUUACAAAUAUUUAAAGUUACAGAUCAGUGCAAUUUUGGAUUGUUUUGCUAUUUAACCUGGGCGGAUGUCUCUGGUCAAGUUGUUACACGUUGAUCGGAAUAAAAUUAUCGACGGUUUCAAGUCAGAAUGACUUGCUUAAUUAUUAAGAUAUAUUUCUGAUUAUCAACUUCAAACUGUAUGCGUCUUAUAAUUAAUUGUAUAAUUAAUGUUUUAUAAGCUACUUAUGUAUGUAUGGGUAUGUUUGUGAUCGAAAUAUCAUAAGAUUAAAUUUAAGAUUUUUAGUUGAGAUUUUUUAAAUGUAAACAUAUUAUAUGUGAGUCGUCUAUUAUCAAAGGUGGCAAUCUGUGCAUUUGGACAAAAAAAUGUUAUUGAUAUGUCAAUACAGAUUGAUUUGAAUAUAAUCGUCUCCUUCAAAGAAUACGGUCUAAAACCUGCAUUAAAUAAAGGUUAAUAGUUAACCUGUUAUUUAUCUAAGAUGUCGUUCCGAAGAGUUUUGUGACUGCCAAUGGAAUACAAAGUCAAUAAUUCGUUUUUUCUGAUUUACCAAUAAUUAUCCAAAAGUCAGAUUGCCGCCUUUGAUAAUAGUCGACUCAUGUAUCGAUUCGCUUGAAGCUACUUAAAAAUGUGAUCUCAAAGAAAUUUCUUUAUAAUCAUAUUUAUGAACACGUUUUCCAGUAGAAUGGAAAGAAAAUAUUCAUUCAGACGGUUUUCGUGUCACAUAAAUUUGGAGAAAUUCAGUUUGAAUUUCAAUUAAAAAUGUCAGAUCCAUAACACACCUAUGGGACCUAAACCUAAGAUUUCUGGCUGUAUGGGAAGGAAGUCUUUGCAAUUCGAUAUUUCCACCAUUUUGAAAUGACUCUUGAAACAUUUGAUGAUUGAGAUUGUUAUCAGCCAGUUGAUAUUUUAGAAUGAGCUAUACGUAUUGAGCUAAUUGCAAAUGAUUACAGGGCGAUUGUUGACUUUGAAUCUAAAUGUAAGGGGUAUUUUCCGAGGUGACGUGAAUAUUUUUGAGAAGAAAAAUAUAUUAAAAAUAUCGAUCGAAAGUUUGUUUCUUAAUGACUUUUCAGUGCUUGCUUGCACUAUCGAUAAAGUAUGCAUUGGAAUACAUUUUUUUUAUUCUUACUAUAAAUUAAAACUUUUGUCUUGAGACUUUGAUCCAGCAGUGGGAGGUCAAACCUUCAAAAAAAAUAUUAAUUUAAAAUUAGCCACUGACCUGCGUUUGCUGGUAAGUUGCCAGUUUCAAAUUAUACAUUAACAAUAUUAUUAUGUUAUUGUUGUAAUGUAUCGAUAGCGUAAUGUAAAUUUGCAUUAAUGCUCAUUGAUAGUCACUGCAGCUACAUGUAAUUGACUGACACUGUUAAUAACACAGGCGGUGGUUGUGUUUAGACUCACACUUGAGCAAGCACAAUAAAUGUCGAAUGGGGAUAUCGCACUUAAACUAAAAAAAUCGAUUUUACUUGAUAAUUAAAAUGCAGUUGAAUUAGUAGUGUUACAAUAUGUGCCAAUGUUUCUGUUGUUUUUUUUUGUUUUGUUUCGCUUAUCGAUAAGAUCAUUGUUUUGUUUCUAGUAAAUACUUUAAAUAAAAGAAUCUAUGUGGA